UAAACGGUGGCUACAAUCAUUGUAAUUUGAUCUCUGAGAAGAAGGACAUGGAGAUGACAAGUAGUUCAGUACCUGUCUGCAGACAAGGUCUGUUCAUCCACACAGGAAACUCACUCAUGCGAGACCACCCACUGUCCUGCGAGCGGCUGCUCCAUGUCGGUCAGCUGAACCUGACGCACUCGGAUAUAAGGUCACCCAGGUUUCAAGACUCAGUAGAUUCUGCUGCUCCAUGCCUGAAUGGAAGUCACCCGGCUCAGCACAUUAAACAAGAAUGCCCGAGUGAUUAUAAGGUUCUGUCUGAGGCUUCCACACAUAGGAGGAUUACGGAGGGGAUGGAGCUGAGAGCCUCCGGUAGUCUGCAUCCUGAACUAGACCUAAUGAAUAAUAGCUUUACAAAUUCACUUUCAUCCUACUUGUUUAAUAAUGAACACAGCUCCUCCCUGGGUCCUUUGUCACUUGGCACCCCUCAGCACUCGGCCAGGCUGCAAACAAGCAACCUGAAGAAGAGAUGCAUCUCCGUCGUGCCGUCUUCAGCCGAAGGAAUCGAUAUUACAGCUAUCAUCCGCACAUCACAGACGUCACUGGUCACCUGUGUGAAUGGACUGCGAACUAAUUCAGCUGGCAUUUCCUCUCAUCCUGUGGAGAUCAGUCAUCACAGUGCUCAAAAAUCCUCUCGGCCCCAGUCUUGCUCUCAGCCUGGAAACCCUUGCAGCAUUCCCUCCCCUCCAGCAUGUCUUGUACCUAUUUCCGCUGAAUGUGACAGAGGUGACUGUGAGCAGAUACAAAUGCAGCAAGUCGAGGAAAAUGGAAGCCUCAGCCUUAUGAUGAAUGGUACUAGCAUUGCUCAUCAAAACACCUCACACAGCAGCCAGAAGGUGAGUUUCUUAAAACAAGAACCAGCUGACGACUAUUCCUCCACUGCUGAUCUUUUUCGCCAUCACCAGGGGCUGCCUCCCCCGUACCACCUCCACCAGCAGCUAAGCCAGACCCAGGGGACACUGCCUCACCUCAACGCCUCUAUGUCUCCCAAGUCCCUCCAGCCCAGCGAUGGGGAUGAGCAGGACCUCAGCAAUGGCAAGCAGGUCUGUCAGUGGAUUGACUGCAGUGCCACUUAUGACCAACAAGACGAACUGGUCAGACACAUAGAAAAGACUCACAUUGACCAGCGGAAAGGAGAGGACUUCACUUGCUUCUGGGCAGGCUGUGUCCGCCGCUAUAAACCCUUCAAUGCUCGUUACAAACUGCUGAUUCAUAUGAGGGUUCAUUCUGGAGAAAAACCAAACAAGUGCAUGUUUGAAGGGUGCAACAAGGCAUUUUCUAGGCUUGAGAACCUCAAGAUUCACCUCCGGAGUCAUACUGGGGAGAAGCCAUACCUGUGUCAGCAUCCUGGCUGCCAGAAAGCUUUCAGCAACUCCAGCGACCGGGCGAAGCAUCAGCGAACGCACUUGGAUACCAAACCCUACGCCUGCCAGAUUCCUGGCUGCUCCAAACGCUACACCGACCCCAGCUCUCUGCGCAAGCACGUCAAAGCUCACUCAGCCAAAGAGCAACAGGUGCGUAAGAAGCUAAAUUCCUGUACCGAUAUCGAACAAGACGUACUAAGUGAAUGUUUGGCUAUACAACAACUCCACACGUCUUCACAGCACAUUCUGGAUGGGAAGUGUGGCAGAUCUGUAGGUCAUCAUGAUUUAAUUACAGGCAUGUACAGUGGUUCCAGCACUAACCACAACGGCCCCUCACCAGGUGUGCUGCCGCCGCCUCCUCAUGACAUCCCUUCAAGACACCUUCCACUCGACUCUGCUCUUCCCAGUCCACAUCACCACCAGUCGCCGCUGGAGAGUGCCAGGGAGGGGCUUGCUCCCAACCUAAUAUCCCCACUUGUCAGCCCCUUGAAAGCAUUAGUUCCACCUUCCCUCCUGCAGAAACACGGCUCUCCAUCGUCACACAGCCAGUCACCGACCGGGCAGCAAUUCCCUGGAAUACCAAAUAAACCAUACAGUUCAUUUCAAAACCAGUCUGUACAGCAGGGAUCUCAAGGUUACCAAGGCAGCUUUCACUCCAUACAAAACUGUUUCCACUAUGGAGACUGCUACAGGACAGUGGACCAGUCUGUCACCAGUGAUGUGCUCACAGGGGAAUCCCAUUGCUUCAACCCUCUGAGGCAGAAUGGCUAUCACAUACUCAAUGCACCUUUAGCUUCAACAGGCUAUGAGGCAAUCUCUGAAGCACAGUGUGUCUCCGAGGACAUGGUCUCCAAUGGGACGGAUGAAAAUGGAUUCUUCCCAAACGGCGCCUUUGAUCACUGCUUGAACCACAUUCCCUCCAUCUAUACAGAUACCUAAGAGCAGUGCUGACCUUGUUUCCUUUAUUAUACCUAUAACUGCGUAUGUAAUAACAAAGGUGUUGUUCAAGUACUUUUAUUUAGUCUGUAUCCCUAUAUGUGCUCAUUUAAAUAAACACCUCACAUUUACCAAACCAUUUUAUACAUGAAUAGUCUGUAUGAGAUAAUAUUGGAACCUGUUCCUUUGCUGUGGCACUUUGAAAUUCAUGCU